UUCCACUCUGCAGUCAGGCAGUGACGAAGCGUGCGUGCGUCCAGAAAGCAUCUCUGAGCCGUGCGCGAGGCAUGGUCGGCGGAGGGCGGAGGGGUCCGCGGGGCCUGCCGCCGGCGAGGUCGAGGGUGCUGGGGAAGCUAGGACCCUCCUUCGGCUUCGGCGCCGGCUGCGGCUUCGGCUUUGGCGUCGGACUCAUCGGCGGUGCAGGAGUUGGUUCUGGAUUCCCUGGAUUAAGCUUGGGCUUUGGAGUUGGUGCGGGCUGUGGUAUAGGGAUUGGCUUUGGUUAUGGUUUCGGAAAAGGAGUCGCUUAUGAUGAGAAUGGGAGAUAUUCAAACAUUGGGAGAUCAAAUCAGAAAUCUAAGGGCACUCCAUCUGAAGACCAGAUUGAUAUCCUGGUUGAUGAACUUAUCGAGAACGCAAAGAAACUAAUCAAAGCAACAUCAAAGGAGAUCGAUAAGUGGAGGCGAGCUUAAUCUAAUUGGCACCAGGAUCUGCUGAUGUUUAUAUGCUCAGGACAUUGUGUUAGGUGCAUAAACCUCAUUGAAACACACUAUUGCUUGUGUGCGAUUUGAGUUAAUUCUUUGUAGGAGUCUGUACCUCAUGAGAAACGUUGUCCAUAUUUUACCUGUAGCAAAUGCUAGGUUUGCCCAGCGUGUGCUAGGAUAUGACUGAAUGUGAUUACAGAGUUGACCAUUACAUUCUAAACAAUAUGGAGGAUCACCGUGCCGGAUCCUUGAACUGUUUUAGCAUGCCCAUGGCCAUUUUGUAAUCUUGUAACUGUUGACCUGAAUUGGUCACAGACUCUACACUCCGUAGCUUACUCCAGUAUGCCACUCACUCCAGUCCCAGACUCCCAGUCCCAGCUAUUGUACAAAGUACUAAAGUGUAACCUUAAUGCCUUAAUCUUUA